CUCAUGAACUGUUUUGAGCCGAACCCUGACGACAGAGCCACAGCUGAAGAGCUGCUGAACGACACCUUCCUCAGGUCGUCUCCCAAGAAGAAGGUGAAGGCUCAGCAGGAAUCAGACACUAAAGACUACCUUUCCUCAGCUGACUAUCAACGCAGCCUGUCUGUACCUAUCUCCAUCCUUGUGGAGGACACUGAUUCGUAUUCUGGUUCAAUCGACCUGUCCUGCUCUCUGGACCUCAGGAGGCCCCAUUCUGCCCACUUAGCGAAUGAAUUCUCAGAAAGCCCAACGAGCACCAGCAGCUUCCUUUCGAUACCAGAGGACUCUGCAUUUGAAAUGUGCAGUCCUUCCUCAACAGAGGAGAGUGUCGGUCUUUUCAUGCUGAGAAAGGACAGUGAGAGGAGAGCCACACUGCACCGAGUCCUCUCUGACUACAUCAGUCUGGUCGUCUUUAACAUACAGGACAGUGUGCCUCAGGUGGUGAAGAAGUGA